GGGAACGUCCUUGUCACAGAUACUUGAGUCAUAAAGACGCGUGUUUGUAAGGGUUAUAGUGUAGUUGUGUGUUGUAUUAAAUAUUUGAAAUGUGUGGUCAGUGUCGCUACUGAUUUUUACGAAAUAUUAACUGUGAAAAGUGUUGCAACUUGUUUAUUUCAGUAUCAUAGUCCGUAUAUGGAUUAUUUACUGAAAUACCCAUGGUCAUAAAAUGAGUGAGGAUAAUCAAGAAAACAGAGGGGAACAAGAAGUAAAUAUCUUGGCGGAAAUCCUAGAUAAUUCAGCUGAUGUUUUUGAGGAUUUAGCUAAAGAAAUUGGUUCAGAGGAUAUUAUUGGCAUCAAGAAAGAGUCCUCUGCUGCAGCAGACAGCAAGCUAGCAGGUUUGACCAAAAGAAAGGUGAAGAGUGGAAAGGUUGCCAAGAAAUCAAGUCUAAAAGGGAGUAAUUCUAAGAAAAUCAAGAGCUCACUGCGGGAGGUGGCUGGAGCUCGGGUAAAGUCUAGAUUAAAGGAAAUAAAAAGAGCUCGUGGUGGUCCUUCAGAUAAAAAUAGUGACGAAGUUAACAGCAAAUCUGUUGAAGAGAAACUGGUAGCUGGCGCAGAACGAAAGUCCAGACCUGAAUUGCAGUCUAAUGAAUCCAGUACAAAACGGGAAGUGAAAGUUGAAGACCAGAAAUCUGGGCUCGACAUAGAGAAACACAGUGAUUUGGAAAACUCACGUAAGGGGCCAGACACAGUUCCUGAUUCUUGUCAAAAGGGUUACACCAGCCAGGAGUUGCAAAAGACAGAGAACGUGGCAACACCAGUUGUGGCAACGGUAACUCCAGGGGUGUCCGUGAAUAAGGAAGCAUCAGGGAGUGAAGACGUAGACGGAGGUGACAACGUUCACCUUCGAUUGAUGGAAGAAAAUAUUAUGGGCGAUGAGCUCAAAGAUGCUGAAGAAGUUAAUGAAUAUGACACUCGCAGUGAAGUGAGUUCAUCAUCUUCUGAUAGUUCAAGUAUGAGCAGAAUGAGUUCAUCUAGUUCUGAGUCUGAUCAUGAACCAGAAACAAAUUCAUCUCAGAAGGACAGGGGAUCAGUCAAAUGCAGGCGAGAAGUCUCUCGUGAAAGGAGAAGUCCUGUCCAUAGUCACAGUUCCAAGAGAUCCAAGACUGGGAGAAAGGUGAAAUCUUAUGAUUACAUAACAAAGCUUAAUUAUUUGUUUCGUGAUGCACGCUUUUUUGUAAUCAAAAGCAAUAAUGCUGAGAAUGUAACAUUGUCUAAAGCGAAAGGAGUGUGGUCUACUCCUCCGCAGAAUGAGGCAAAGUUAAACCAGGCAUUUAGGGAAUCGCGCAAUGUGCUGUUGAUUUUCUCUGUGAAAGAGAGUGGAAAAUUUGCAGGAGUGGCACGCCUGGAUUGCGAAUCUCGGAGAGAUGUGCCACCCAUCUCUUGGGUUCUACCACCUGGUCUUUCUGCCAAAGCACUGGGAGGUGUCUUUAAAGUUGACUGGGUUUGCAGGAAAGAAUUACCAUUUAACAAGACUCAACACCUGUACAAUCCAUGGAAUGAAGGAAAACCUGUUAAAAUUGGCAGAGAUGGCCAGGAAAUAGAGCCACGAGUAGCAGAGGAGCUGUGUCGUCUGUUCCCAGUGGAUGAAGGGAUAGACAUGACUCCUAUCCUGCGUAAGUCAAAGGAAGCUGCAAGAAUUGUGAGACCCCGCUUAUCCCGUUCAGUACGAUGUCGAGAGGUUCUUCCGUCACUGCCACACAUUCGACCAUUGCCUAGAUCAUUUGGUACACCAGGACGUGCUGGUCACAACAACAACAACCACAUAUCUGGGAGCAGGGGAAGGCGACGCAGAUACAUGGAUGAUGAGUAUGAUCCUCGCCCGAAAAGGAGUAGAGGUCCAACAAUGUAUAUGGCAAACUUAUUCAAAGAAGGGAGACGAGAAAGAUCACCAGUCAGGUUUCCACUUCCCCGUGACAGCAGAUCCUUCAACGGGGUUCAGAACUACACAGACUUCAUGCGAGAGUUGCAUUCCCGAGGAGCCCCCCCUCUAACAGCCAUGCCUUACCCACCUCCUCCCCCAUUUGUGGACCCUUUACCACCACCACCUCGGUACUAUGAGGGUCCACCGUUACCUGAAUAUCCGUCCACAAUAAGGUCAUCUCGUUCUGACAAACGAUCUUAUGACCGUUCAGUGGAGGAGUUUCUGCGAAGAACGACAGAAAGACGUGAUCGCGAUAGAGACAGAGAUCGUCGCUACAGAGACAGACGUUGAUCUGCUCAGGGUAUUGUAGAAAGCGUAUUACUCAAGACUGAAUUUAAGGCCAACUAUAUUCAAUGAAUCCCAGAAAGAAGACAAUGUGAGAUAGUAAACUAUGACCAUAUGCUGGAUUGGUACGCACAGCAUGAAAUAGAACUCUGUUUCCUGAAUUUAAUUGUGGUAUGUGUAAUUAUCAUAUAUCUUAGUAUAAUUUUCACGUGAUGUCACUACAAUUCAGUCAAUUGAAUAUGAGUGUUACUAGCCUUGAUUUGUCUGCAGUUGCUUGAAAAACAGAUUGUAUAGUUAGAAGCUUCUAGUACUUGAAAACCAUAAUGUAAGAAUAAUCAUGUAUAAUUUUAAAUGAGUACAACAUACAACACAUUAUACAGCAACUUUUCUUCAAGAGAUUUGUUGUGAUUUUUUUUCCCCCUAUAACAAAAGCAGUGCCAUUAUUUAUUCUUGGCAGUUAAAUAUGCUGAAAAUGGUAAAGAACUGAGGCUAUGUAAGAUUUGAGGUUUUCACA